CGCUAUUUGCAAGAAGCCUCAUAUGAACACGAAGACUACCAGUUGUCCUACCAUAACUCCAACUUCAUUCAGAAGUUACAACAGUCUAUUCCAAGCCCAAGUGAGCAGACAACCCCAGCAGCAGACUGGUUGACAUGCCCGGGCGCUACCGCGACUUCUGUAGACAGAGGCGUUGAACACACUCAUCCAUAUGACCAAAAGCAGGAUCAUUCCAACCGCCUCUGUCACCAAAAUAAUUACGUUCAAACGCAUCAGCCUCAGCAACAUCUGCAAUAUCAGCAACACCAGCAUCAGCAACAUCAGCAUCAGAUUCACCCUCAGCAAUCUCAUUGGUUCACUCCCUCCGUCCUAUUCACCUGCUCUCCUCGACCUACAUUCCCUAUAGAGCAAGUACCGCAAACAAAUACUUUAUGCAAGACAUCUUCACAAAUUGUCCUCCCCGGCAGAGGUUCUUGCACAGAUGCCUCAAAAUCGGUCCAACUUUCAGGGAAGUCAUCUUCCCUAUUGUAUGCCUACUCUUCUACAAUAGGUACCUCGAUACAACCAGCGAGCACUCGACUAGGGAACUCGGAAACAGGCUUGACGGCUGGCCAAGCGUCCUGUUCGCUUCACCCGUCCGGACUAAUUGCUUCGAAUACCACCACCAUUUCCCUCUCUUCACCGAAUGCCAAUAGUGCUAAAUCAGAGACACCACAGUCUGUCAACCUACUUCUCAGCUCCCCAGAAGGAAUAAAUACCGAUUCGGGCUGCCGUUCAGAGAGUGCUAUUUGCAAUCAAGUUUGCCUCCUCCAAAAAUCAGGGCAGCUCCCUGUCGCACAGUGUGGUUCUGGAGAUCAAAGGUGCCGAACCAGUCUGGAAGGCCUAGGCCUUGCGGCUGGACGGCCGUUGAUAGGAAUGGAGCAGACGGUCUUUUGCCUGGGCACUAUUUAG